UUUAGGGCAUAUGAGCAAAGUCUCAAUCUUGUAGUUUCCUUCAUCGUUCACACCAAAAGGUUAUCUAAUGAUCGAUUUCAAGUAAAACCUCGGUGUUCCAAUUCCUACACAUCUCACAACAAUGGUAUCACCCAUCGUAGUCUCCUUAGGCGCAAACCCCUCCGUAUUAUCCCCAAAAAUCAGCGAAAUUUCAUUGAGGCAUUUCAACAAACACCUGGUGGGCAACUUAUCUACUCGUAACACCUUCCAAACAACUCCACAUCCUCCGUUAUCUAUCGCUACAAAUCUUCACCCAUCAAGGUCCCACUUCGUUCAACCAAUCAGAAGCUCGUAUUCAAGCACUGUACUCAACAAUUUUGAUAAUUUCUCCAUCGAUGCACUGAAAAAGUCCCUUGUGGACUUAAACCCAAUUAGGGUUUUGAAAUGGGUGAUUUUAGGGUCUUUUGCAGUUGGGUUAUUGAAAUGGGGGGUUAGUACUUUAUUAAGCCCUUUCUUUUGGAUGUAUUUUAGCUGGACUUGGGUGUUUUGGCCAUGGUACAUUGCAAUUGGUCUUGCUAUAUAUGGUGUUUAUGGUUUUAGCAAACAUAUAAAGGGUGAAGCUAGUGUAACUGAGCAGCUUGCUAUUGUAACUUCUGUAUUCACAUGGCUUACACUAGUCCCACCUGGUUAUGCUAACGGGUUCCUUGAAGGUUGGCCCUUUGUGUUCUUUUUCGUGUAUCAUUAUUUCUUUUUCCUGAAUGUUAGCAUCCGUAAACGCUUGUACGGCGAUUAUUAUCUGCGCGAACAUGAUCCGAAGUGGGACGUUACGACUCCGGUCUGGCACCGUGUUUUGUUCUGUGUGGGAGUUACGGUCGGGCACUGGUUUGCAGCGUUCGAAGCGCCGCAGCUUCAUUUAGUUUCAGGCGGUUGGAGGAAUUUGGGGAUUUGGGGGUUGAUAAUGUCAACGGUGUUUUUGCAAUAUUAUUCUACGUUGUAUCUUGCGAAGUACUCCGAAAAAGUGGUGGUACCUACUGCAGUUGUGCAGUUCGGGCCUUAUCGAUGGGUUAGGCACCCGAUAUAUGCGUCUACCGGGCUUCUGUUUUUGAGUUACUUUAUUGCACUCCAGGCACCACUGAGCUCGCUUUUUAUUAUCGCGGUUUGCUUGAUGUAUUAUGAUCAGAAGGCGAAAUUGGAAGAGGGUUUAAUGGUGGGCACAUUUGGAAACGGGUACAUGGAAUAUAUGGAGAAAGUGAGGUACAAGUUUAUCCCUUUUGUUUAUUAAGAUGUUCUACAUGUACACUGAAUUGUUAGGCGCAAACAGUUGUAUCAAAUGGUUUUUGAUCUCUUUGUGAAACGGUAAAUGGUAAAAGUAGAAAAGAGUGGACUUUUGUUUAAGUAGAAAGUAAGUGCAAUAGGUAUGGAUUUCAUGCUACUAACUAGCAUAUGUAUGAGCUUUAAAGUUUGAAAUUACAUGUUGUUUCUUUUCAUUUAUGUUUAA